AUGGAUGAUAAACUUGUAACAACUUCUGGUUGUUCGAAUACAGAACUUGGUGAUGCUGAUAGUGGAAAACUAUUAAAAAGAACACAUUGUGGGCGCCGUCGUCAACAGCUUGCUGAUCUUGAAAAAAAGAUCAACAUAUGUCGUGAACGAAUUGAACAGCAGCAGCUGGAAAUUAAUCAAUUGAAAGAACAUAUUGGGAAAUUACGUGCAGUUCCUGGUAAAAUAUGUGAUGAGCUUGAUUGGGUUGCACGUGGAUUUGGGGCUAUUCAAAACCGGCUCGGUGAAAUACAUGAAGAAGGACCGGACGGUGGACUAAGAUAUAGAGGCUUAUAG